AUGUCCUCCAAACGUGUUUCCGUCAUUGUCAUCGGAGCCUCCCAUGCAGGCUUAGGAGUCAGCCACAAAUUACUCCGGCAGACUUCCAAAGUAUCAGUAACACUGAUCAACCCAUCAGACGAGUACUACUUCAACAUCGCCACGCCCCGAUUUCUCGUCAAACCCGAGAGUCUACCGCCGAGCAAGUACCUCUACAGCAUCCCCGAGACCUUUAACGAAUAUCCUAAUAGCUACUUCACUUUGGUUAAGGGACUUGUCACCAAAAUAGAUUAUUUGAACAAGUCGGUAUUAGUAAAUACGGGCGAAAACCAAUCCACAAAGGGCGACGAUAUUAUAGUCACCUUCGAUUAUCUCGUGAUUGCAUCCGGUAGCACAACACCAGCUACACUCGGACAGGGCAGUUUGAAACUCCCUUUUAAGGCGACUGCAUUUGAAGAUACCAGGAACGCUAUUUCCGAGGCACAGAAGAAGCUUCAAGCGGCAACACGAAUUGUUAUUGGCGGUGCAGGUCCGUUGGGAGUCGAACUCGCUGGAGAACUGGCCGAAGCAUCGGGCUCGAAAAAAACCAUAACUUUAGUCUCCAAGACUCGUUCAUUAUUGGAUGAGGCAACGGAGACUGUACAAAGAACCGCCGAGUCACUCUUAAGACGCAAGGAUAUCGAGAUCCUGAAAAAUGUCACAGUCGACAAGGCGGAGCAGGAUCUUGAGACGAAGAGCUGGACAGUAACAUUAUCCACCGGUCGAACAAUUGAGGCAGAUGAGUAUAUCUCCACAACAGGAGUAAUUCCAAACAACGAGUUCAUCCCCAAAAGUUUCUUGAACCAUGAUGGCUGGGUCAAUGUGGAUGAGAAACUAAGAAUCGUGGAAGACGGAACCAGUCGGAGUGACACCUACGCAGUCGGCGACAUCACUUGCCAUCCUUAUCGACUCCUCUCCAGGGUCUCACUUCAAGGAGCGACCGUGGCGUCGAAUAUCGCUGCAUGUAUCGAGAAAGACACCUGCCCGGCUACAUACUCUGUCGAAGCCCAGAGAAAAAUGAUGGUAGUCCCUGUUGGACAGUCAACGGGUACGGGACACUUGGGCGGAUGGACACUUUGGGGAUGUCUCGUGUGGUUCUUCAAGGGCAAGGAUUUCUUGACGUAUGAAGCACCAAAAUUUCUGCGAGGCAAAAUGCAGUGA